UAUAAUCUAAUCAGUUCGGUGUGAGGUGAGCUUCACUGGCAGUCAGAGCUCGCCAGUGCCCCUUCUCUGACUCGGUCAACCGCCACCUCAGUGAGCCAUCAUGACUGUCUACGACAACAAGGACAAAACUGAUAACUUUCGCUCCACUUUCGCUCAGAUUGUGGCGACGCUGACGUUCAGUUUGCUGUCGUUUAGUAUAGGAUUUGUCAUAGGAAUGCCGACAAUUGUCAUCGGUGCUUUAAGAAAUGAUCCGUCACCUCUCGGAAUGACAGAGACCGCAGCGUCUUGGUUCGGGAGUGUGGUGUACAUCAUGCAGCCGCUUGGCAGCGGUGUAUCAGCCUUCCUCCAAGACAUCUUGGGUAGGAAAAAGUGCCUAAUGGCUGUCAACAUUCCUAAUCUUAUAGCUUGGAUCAUCAUCUAUUUUGCUACAAGAACGGCACAUCUCUUCAUAGCUCAGAUCAUUAUGGGUAUCGCCAUGGGGUUCCUGGAAGCCCCAAUCUUAUCCUAUAUCGGAGAGAUCACUCAGCCAAGACUUCGCGGUAUACUGACUAGUUUCUCAGGAGUUUUCUACAAUCUUGGCUUGAUGGUGCUAAAUUCAAUGUCGACUGUCAUGGACUGGCGAUCUGUUGUUCUGUUCAGUAUGUUAGGACCAGUAGCCGCCUUCAUCGCCUUAGCAUUUGUGCCCGACUCUCCCGCCUGGCUGGUGACUAAGGGAAGAGUGAGGGACGCAGAGAAGGCCUACCAGUGGCUCAGAGGGUGGGUGCGGCCAGAGGACGUCAAGCACGAACUGGCCGCUAUUGUCGACUAUGUCAAGGAAAGCCAAAGCGUGAAACUGGUUAACAGUGUGGAAUACGCGGCUGUACCUACCAAAGAAUCUCCUGAAGCCACGAAGGUCCCAAGUCGUCUGCAGUUGCUAAUGGAGCCCGGGGUCCGGAGAGCGUUCCGUAUAGUGUUUCUAUACUUCAUAAUCAUGGCCUGCAGCUCACUUUGGGGCAUGAGACCUUUCUUCAUAGAAAUACUAGAAAUAAUCGGUUCGCCUAUGCAACCUCAUGCUGUACUUGCAAUUUGCGGAGGUUUGCAGACAGUUGGGGCAAUCUGCGGUGGUAUAGCCAUGAAGUUAAUGGGUAAACGUCAUUUAUCCUUCCUUUCCCUUGGGCUUUGCACAUUCUGCUGUCUGGGUCUGGGCGUUUACCUCACACUCCGUCCAGACUAUCCUUGGAUCCCCGUCAUUCUCUUCUGUAUAUCUUACUUUGCCGGCCCUUUGGGUAUCAUUAUCAUACCAUGGAUCCUCAUUAUGGAACUCUUUCCUCUCAGAGCUCGUGGAAUGGCUGGAGGUAUCUGUGGAGCAGUUGCUCACGGCCUUUUCUUUACCACCACCAAAACUUACUACAGUUUAGUAUCACUGGUAGACAUCUCAGGGGCGUGCUACUUCUACGGUGCUGUGGGUGUCCUAGGGUUCAUUUACCUCUACUGGGACUUGCCAGAGACAGAGGGUGUCAGUUUGGAGGAGAUCGAAAGGAAAUUCAGUGAGAGGCGAAAUUCAAAGCAGUACCGGAGUUCUUAGAUAGGAUUUAAUAAUAUUCAAAGACAAUGAAGAACUUUAACCACUUAUUAUGGAUAUGGAGUGAAUGAGGAUAGAAAUCUGACACAAGAAAGAAGAUUCUUGUUGUUUUUGAGACAGUGAAGAACGUAAUAAUAAGAACGUAAAGACGGAGAAAAGGCCAGGAAAGUUUGCGGAAAUUAUAAGAAGUGGAAAAUCUGUUACAAACAUUUUACUGUUGAUAUUUGUAUAAUUGUAUUUUGUAAAUAAAUUACUUAAUUCUUUUAAAUUA